GCUCAGCGUGACUCAGAUUCCCUGCGCCUAGAACAAACACAGCCCUCCUGGGGCCCUCCAGAAAUCCCAAGAAGUCAGAUUCAGCUCAGUACACAAAGCUGGGUCUUGGCACCUUGCAGAACCCUGUGGACUGCGACUGGCGGUGACACAUUGGCAGAGAGAGACAGAAGUCCACGGGGAGCCCAGGCUGGGGAUGCCGAGAUCCCUAGCUGCGCGGCAGAGCCCCGCGGGAAAAGCAGAAAAGGGCCAUUGCCACUUUAAGUGACUCAGGAAGUGAAAGGGGCCGCCUGACCGCAAAGGGAAAGUGGAACCGGGGCGCUUGGGCCGGGAUCUCGCCGGCCAGCGGGGGGCCGAGUGGCUGCGCGGAGGUCGACGGGGCGUGGGCGUCCGCGCCGGAAGUGCGCGGCGGGGGCGGAAGCCGGCACCGGGUGGAGCAGGGCGAGCCGCUCGAGGGCUUGCGCUGCGAGGCGGCAGGGUUCGCCGCGGCCCCAGGCCCCGCUCCGAGACGCGGUGCGGCCCAGACGGGCGGCGAUUCCAGCGGCAGGGCCCCGGAGCCGGGUACUAGGACUCGAGGAGGCCGCGCCGAGGCAAGGCGGCGAGCUGCGGGCCCUGAGGCCUCUGGCGCAGCGUCCCAGCCUGCACAUGGCCGCCGGAGUGGGCGCAGCCUUCGAGGAGCUGCCUCACGACGGCACGUGUGAUGAGUGCGAGCCAGACGAGGCUCCAGGGGCGGAGGAAGUGUGCCGGGAAUGCGGCUUCUGCUACUGCCUCCGCCACGCCGAGGCGCACAGGAAGAAGUUCCUCAGUCACCACCUGGCCCAGUACGUCCAUGGCGCCCAGGCCUGGACGUCCCGGCCUCUUGGGGACGGGGUGGGGAAGGACGACGACGUCGGGGCUAAGGCGGAGCGGGAGAGGGAAGUAGAAAGCGAAGCGGGGGAGGAGAGCGAGUCAGAGGAAGACAGUGAGUCGGAAGAAGAGAGCGAGACAGAGGAGGAGAGUGAGGAGGACAGCGAGGAAGAGAGCGAAGAAGACAGUGAGGAAGACAUGGAAGAUGAACAAGAAAGCGAGGCGGAGGAGGACAACCCAGAAGAAGAAUCCGAGGCAGAAGGAGAAACUGAGGCAGAGAGCGAAUUUGACCCAGAAGUAGAAAUGGAAGCAGAGAGAGUGGCCAAGAGGAAGUGUCCGGACCACGGACUCGAUUUGAGCACUUAUUGCCAGGAAGAUAGGCAGCUCAUCUGUGUGCUGUGUCCAGUCAUUGGGGCGCACCAGGGCCACCAGCUAUCUACCCUAGAUGAAGCCUUCGAAGAGCUGAGAAGCAAAGACUCAGGUGGACUGAAGGCGGCUAUGAUAGAGUUGGUGGAAAGGUUAAAGUUUAAGAGCUCAGACCCUAAAGUAACUCGGGACCAGAUGAAGGUGUUUAUACAGCAGGAAUUUAAGAAAGUUCAGAAAGUGAUUGCUGAUGAGGAGCAAAAGGCCCUUCAUCUAGUAGACAUCCAGGAAGCAAUGGCCACGGCUCAUGUGACUGAGAUAUUGGCAGAUAUCCAGUCCCACAUGGACAGGUUGAUGACUCAGAUGGCCCAGGCCAAGGAACAACUUGAUACCUCUAAUGAAUCAGCUGAGCCAAAGGGAGAGGGCAAUGAGGAAGGAUCCAGUGGUGCCAGUGAAGAAGAGGACACAUGAAGGCUUGGCAUCCCCCGUGGAAAACCACCCCUCCCCUUGUGUGUCCAUGACAGCGUGUGUGUAACGGCUUCUGAUUUCUGUGAAAGCUGCCCAGCAACCAGUGUCCUUCCUCAGAUAUGUCCUCAGAUCCACAGCAGGCACAUAUCUCUCCAAGAGACAACCAGUCAUAGCUUACUGAGUGUGUGCUUCUCAUUUUCUUCUUGUGGUAGGUCAAGGAAAGAGCGUCUUUGAUCAACUGGGAGCAAUUAAGAAGGGUCCUUCAGGUACCCUCCCCAUGGCUGCUAUGAACUUACUCAGGAAAGUCAGUCUCUGUAAUAUUACAGAAGUCAAAAGUAUCACUUCAUCAGGAAGAAUCUGGAAAAAUUUGGAAGGGAAGUCAGAGUUUUUGCCUACAUGCAAACAAAAACCCCACCUGUUCAUUCUGAAGCAUGAAACAAAAGAGGACAAAAUUAAGGCUGAACUGACUCAUGUAGACUGUCUCUCAUAGCCCAUUUCUACCUGUGUGAAAAUGAGUAGCAUGAAGCAGGAUGGAUGACUUAAAAAUGGAAUUGGAGAAAUUUAAAAGCUAAAAUGAUAGAUAUUUUUAGUAUUUGAAGUUAUCCAGGACUUCAGAUUCAUAAUUCAGUGCUGUGGAAAUGAAAAAAAUGAUUGAAGAGGUGGAAAGGAAAUGACCUUAGGAAAAAAAAAGAAGUGGACCAAAGAAUCUGAUUAAAAGUUUAGUAUUUCUGCAUUCAAAUUGCCUGAGCUUCCAAAUAGUUACUAAAGGAUCUGAUAAAACUUGAAUUAUUUGGGUGAACACUGCAGGUUUUAUGGGCUUGUCAUAACAUGAAAGGCUGAAAUAUAUUUUGCCAAAUGAGAAAUUUCACUAUAGAUUUUGCCAGUCUCAUUCCCAAGUACCUGAUGUAGCUUAUAUUCAGUGUGGGAGAAUUCUUGCUACUUUGUGGCUUGCUGAAUUCAGCUUUCCCAGCAGAUAAGCCCUCCUUUCACUCCAGCUGGAAUCCUCCUUUGGCAUUCCUUACCCACAGACCCUCAAAUCGUCUCCUACACCCUAUCUCUUUCCUCUUAAAUAGCAUGAGCAGUCACACCUCUCCAGGCCUUUCCCCACUCACAAAUCACAAUUCCUUACCUCUAAGCUUUUUACCUCCAAGGAGGCAUCAACGUGCUAGAGGAAUACAGAACUGCAAGUUCAGGGCCAAGGAUUUAACUCAGUGGUUCCGCCACCUGCCUCACAAGUGCAAGUUCCUGAGUUUGAUCCCCAGUACCAAAAAAAACAAAACAAAAAAAACUGCAGGUUCAAAAGCAUGUAUCUUGCUGAAACAUCAGUUUUCUUAACAAAUGCUUUGAAGUUAGGGGCUAGCCUUUUUAUAUAAAACAAAACCAGUUUAUUACAGAAUACAAUAUCUAUACACAUCACUAUUGAGCUAAAAUGGGAGACUUGGAAGAUACUUUUUACAAAUGGGCUAUGCAUUUCCUCUUUUCUGUGUUUAGUGGUAUUUCCAUGUUCAUUUCUGAGGAAUACAGUCAGCCAUAUCCAAGAAGCCUUGGGGUUGCUGCUAACCAAGGGCCUAGACUUCUAGCUCUUCUGAGGCAGAACCAAGGAGCCUGUUUUGAAGGAAAUCCUUCUUUUCCCACUUCCCUGCUUGCCUACCUGUACCUUUGUACUUAUCACAAAGCUUUAGGACCAGCUGAUAAUAUGUUGUGCGCAGGAUAGUUUUGAGGCAGAAAUAACACUAGCUUACUGUAGGAGUCCUAUUUAUAUCAUUGUUCAACUCUGCAUGCUGUGAAAUGACUCAUUCCUUUGAGCCCAGGAAGCUACUGAGUGUAUAUGCUUCUAGGUUAGGAUUACCCUUGUUCACUACGUAUAUAGGGAUAUUGAGAUUGACAGGAGUUUGAGCGGUUAAAGAAAUGUUUCUCUCUCAAACUGGUGUCCAACCAAUGGCUAAGACACUUUUGGUGCUUUACCUACCUAAAAAACUGGAGAAUUUAGUGUGUAUACCACGAGUUAAAACCUCCAACCAUACUCAGCAGAACCUCCCCAAAUGAAGGACCAAUGGCCACUCUUCAACAAAUUUAAAACAUCAGAAAACUACAAAGACUUUUGUAUUUGGAAGCUUGUAUUGUCUUUCCCCAAUAAUCACUAUUUGAUCUUCAAAUGGUAACCUUGUAUUAGCAAUGGACAGAUCAUUGGCUUUCCAUACCUGAUCAUAUGUUAUUACUUUAAAUCACUAUUUGGGAAAUCCAAGCAUUUAUGCAGCAGGUAUAAACAGAUAUAAAAAUAUGUGCCAGCCCAUCUCAAUAAAUUAUCUUAUGUCUAUAAUCCUCAAGAAAAGCACUUUUGCUUUUACCUAGAUUUGCUUUAUGGGCUCCUGCUGUCUUGAGCACCUGAUAAAACUUUAACCAGGGAAGCAUUAAACACAGCGCAGCAGCUUCUGCCCAGGCUCCUCAGUUCCUGCCGGCAGCAUUUAUCAAUGUAAGAACUAGGAUGCUUCCUGCAGUGGCACAGCUCUCCCCCGCCCAAAGCUGGAGCACACUGCUUGGCCUUAAGCCCCACCAUGAUGAAGCUCCCCUCCUGCUAGGUCAGUAAAAGUUAGAGUGCUCAUAAUCAUGUCCUAACUGACCACAGGCAGCAGGGAUUAUAGAAAUCCCUAGGGCAGUGGUGGCAAACCUUUGGCACGUGUGCCACAGCCAUCUAUUUAUCAUUGAAAGCCCUAAAAGCUUGGCCAUCGCUGCCCUAGGGGGACAUCAUCAAGAAAUGCAGGUAGUGAAUAUAUCUAGAAUGAAUCUAGUACUGAAAGAAGUUCCUGGCUGCCUUCCAAAUGUUGGUGGAAGGGAUUUGUCCUUUGUUAUGACAUUAUUAAAUCCAUGACAGUCCCACAAAGUACUUGAAGUCUUAGCUCUGAUACCCCAGAAAGGGAAAUAACUGGUGUUGAGGAUUAACUAUGGGCUAGUCCUUAUGCCUCCCUUUAUGCCUCCCUUUGAAGUUAGGUGAUAAAAAUAGAUGUAGAGAGGAAGAGUCACUUGUCUAGAGUUGCACACUAGGAAAUAUUGGAGGUGGUUUUGAACCCAGCUCUCCCUGCUCUGUGGGCAGCCCUUUGCACAAAUGAUGGUGGUAUACCUGAAAACAUGGGGGAAAAGACUUCAGGUUCCCUCACUGCAGUCUGACCAUCCAUUUUUUGAACUUUUUCAGAGAUAAUUUCAUGGCUGUAGUUUGGGCUUAGAAAUAACAUUGAGGUUCCCUUAUUCCUCCACUCUAGCAGAUGCUUUAAGUGCGCAUUGUUGACUUGGGCCUGCCCCAGGAGUUGGAGGACCCUUUCUUUUUUGGUGCCAUCCCACAUGAAUAAUGUGUUUUUUGGCCUUCAAAAGUGAAGAACUUCAAAAAUAGUAAAAAUGAAGGGUAUUCAGCUCUCUAACUUUAUUUUAAAAUAUCUGCUGCUUUGUUGCCACAGGAAAUUUUCAUAUUUUAGUAAAUGUAGCCACCAGUUCUGGAUUCUGAGGGAUGUGCCAAUUCAAAGUCAAGUGAAUAUAUUUCUUUCCUGCUGAAAACGGGUGUGUCUGUAUACCUAGAUGUAAAUGAUAAAUGCGAUGUGUUUUUCUGUACACACACACACACACACUGUUUUAAGAACCAGGCAGUUCAUAGCAGCCCCUCAUUAUCUCUCAUACCACCGCAAAGGUUCCUGCCAGCCUGAUUACAAGUGCCACCAGAUAAUUGGACCCUAUGUGCUUAAAGAGUUUCUCCCUGGCAGAGGUUGUCGGCUCCUAAAGCACUGAACCAAGGAAGCAGCCCUGAAGGAAACUGCACUCCAGUCCUCCAAGAUGUCUAAUGACACAAGAAAUUUACAUACCCAGCCAUUUUGGUGACCUGGGUCAUUGUAGUUGGCCCUGCAGGCACAACUGUAUAAUUCACAACCUUGUAGUAGUGACAGAGCUUAAGAAGCCCUCUGCCCCCUCCUAGAAAAUAUCUUCUUGAUUCUUUUUUUUUUUUUUUGCUUAAAUUCUUUUAUUGGUACAGUUUAGGUAUACAGUAUAUUUACAUUUAUCAUUUUAGGUACUUGUACCUGUACAUGAUGCAUCUUGAUUCUUAAAAUUCUACCGUCACAUAAUGGCUGUUCAGGAUAUGCUUCUCCAGAAAUUCAGUUGCAUGUUUACUGUGUGCUUAACACAUCCAGAUAUUUCUGCUUAAAAAGCAAAGCUCUCAUGGAUCACAUGAGAAAAAGAAAACCUGUAGGGGAGACUCCAGAUCUCACAAUACUGCUUUUACCCAGCAGUGUUUCUGAAGCCCCCGCCCCCCAGUCUUUUGCAAGAGCCAUAAGACCGAUCCAUUCCUAGGAAAGACAGUAUCAUUUGGGAUACUGGACCUGCCUGAUAAGACAGAGUCAUCUGGAACUGAGAGCAAACCAGAAACAGCAGAACAAAGGCCAAAGCAGGAAAACGAAAACGAACGAAGACACAUGGUUACUGGAGGUGAAAAAGCCACAAAGCCCAUGCUGGACUUGAUGGGCCUACAGGGCACAGCAACUUUACAUCUGACCAGUCUUUACGGUGACAGGCUAUACCGCACGAGUGGGUAGAACCAAUGAACCCAUUGUCCUCCACUUGUUUGCCUGUGCACAGUCCCAUUCCCUUCUUAGUCAUCUUUCUACCCUUUAAACAAGGGAACACUCAGUCUUUCAAGGGAAUUACACUCUGAGUAAAUGUUUCAGUAUAUCAUUUUCAUACUGUAAAUUAUUUUGUAAGAGAUUUACUGCUAUCCCAGGAUGUUUGGUCUUGGCACCCCUGUGCAUUUGGAAAUCAAUAAACCAUUACUGGAAAAUAA